GGCAGUGAUCCGUGGUUGCGUUCCACCCUUCCGGCUCCGGGUUCGAUCCACAGCUUCCACCUUCCGCCCGGCGCUGGCUAUCUGCGGGACUGUCGCCGCGUUCCAUCUUCGCGCGGCCCUUGCGGCGCCAAACCUGCAAUGUCGGGCCCCAACGGGGACCUGGGCAUGCCGGUGGAGGCAGGCGCAGAAGGCGAGGACGAUGGCUUCGGGGAAGCAGAAUAUGCUGCCAUCAACUCCAUGUUGGACCAGAUCAACUCCUGCCUGGACCACCUGGAGGAGAAGAACGACCACCUCCAUGCCCGCCUCCAAGAGCUGCUAGAGUCCAACCGGCAGACACGCCUUGAGUUCCAGCAGCAGCUCGGGGAGGCCCCCAGUGACGCCAGUCCCUAGGUUCCUAGAGCCCCCAACCAGGCCCCAGACCUCCCUGGGCCACAGACUCCAGCCCGGGAACUCACCACCUGGCUGGACACCAUCUCAAGGACAGCCCUUUGUGUCCUGUGGUGGGACUCGAGCCUGGGCAAGCCCUCCCACCCAGUGUCCCCCCUAGGGCCUACUUGUGGGCUUGGGACCCACCCGCCUACCUGCCUGCCCAGCUCCUGGACACACCCCACUCUGCCCAGGCCACGAGUGUUCGCAUUAAACGGGACUCCCACACCA